UAUUCGAAUUCGAUUCUUUUACUGAUUACAGCUGAUCUUCAUAGAAAAUUUUAUACUGGAAAGUGAAACUAAUACUAAAUUUGAAAUGGAAAACUAAUGAUGAAAUGGAUUUAAUUGAAGUUUGUGAAUAAUUGUUCUUCAUAUGUGAUACAUUCGGUAAAAUUCAAAGUUGAUGUGUAAAAUUCAAUCGAUUCGUAACUAUAACGUUUAAAAUUUCUCCUUCAUUAGAAACCUGAUAAUUGAAAAUUUUCAUAUAAUAUCUCAAAUGGCAGAAAGUAAAGAAACAUCUCAGACUGAAACCGACGAACUAAACGAAUUGUUACAAAGUGCUCUUGAAGAUUUUGACAAAUGUCCAACAACUUCAUCAGAAGCUACUGAAACAGUUGUCAAAAAGCCUGCAGCAAAGAAAGUAGAUCCAGCUGAAAAUUUCGAACAAAAAUUUAAAGAUUUAUUACUGAACGAUGUAGAUGAAAGUGAUUUCGCAAACAAAAUGACUGAUUUGUUGCAAGAGUUUCAGAACGAAGCAACCAAACCAGAUGAUAAGAACAUAGCGGCCCCGGAUGAAGGAGGUGAUGCUGUUUCAGAAGCUGUUAAAUCACUCGUUGAAAAUAUCGAAGAAAUUAAAGAUUCCAUGGGACCCGAUCAAUUUUUAAACAAUGUAGACUUCGGAGAUUUCAAAAACGAUGGCGUUUUCCCGGUUAUGGAACAAAUGUUCCAAAUGAUCAUGAGUAAAGAAGUCCUGUACCCGAGUUUGGUUGCUGUUAGAGAUAAGUACCCGUCGUGGCUUCAAGAAAAUAGAAGUAAAAUUAGCGCUGAAGAAGGUGAUCGCUACGACAAGCAGUAUAAAAUAAUUGAUAGAAUAUGUAUUUUGUUCGAGAAUGAAAAUGAUACAGAUCCUGAAGAUAUCAAACAGAAACGAUUCAUGGAGUUGCUGGCUUUACUCCAAGAGAUGACGGAAUUAGGGCAACCGCCUAAAGACUUUUCGGAAUCGUUGCCAUCGGUUCCCAUGAAUAGUAAUUUUUUCAACUCGUUACCUACAGAUAUGGAACCAAAUAAUUGCAACAUGAUGUGAUAUUUUGUUAUUUUUCAUUCAUCAUUGAUAUAUUUGGAAUCGGAUUUUUUUUAGUAAUUUUUGUAUUAUUAUUUACUUACAUUGUUAGAUAUGUUUUCUAUUCCCUUUUUAAAAUUACUUAAUAUUAGUAGGUAUGGUUAUUUGUCGUUAUUUUUUGGUUUCAUUAGCUGUUGGAAAAAACCACGGUAAUAUUUUGUACCUUAUACAGGUGGUAAAUUUUAUCAAAUUUUGAAAACUAGUGCAAAUGCGAAUUACACUUUGCUGAAUUCAUAAAUUUUAUAGAAUGUGAAAAUUUUAUUCGUUGUUAUUCUUUUCAAAUACAUAACAUAAUAUUCA